GGUCCAUUACAGGGGCUCUGGGGAGGGAUACAGUAUUACACAGCCGAAGAACUGUGAAGACUUGCAGUGCAGCACACACACAACUCAGCACCCAGAAAACCGGGGCCAGGCGACGUCAGCUCUCUCUGUCUUCUCUCUAGCACGGGGCAAAGGGCUGCGCUUCAGCUCCACUACCUGCAGAUGAGGCAGUCUGGGCUGUCCCUUGCUCUGUUUCGUAUCGACUAUAUCCUCUUCAACCUUUCUGCCUGCUUGGAUUCACUUUGUUCUGUUGCUAUUCUCCUGCUCCUUUGUCUGUCCGGGUUCCACUUUCUUCCACUUCAGUCCUUCGCUGCUACUGCCUCUACGAGGAAUUCUCAUAGACAGUCACUCUCACAUCCACACCACACAUCCUCACCACACAUCCACAUCUUUCUCUCAUGAUGCUUCCUUCGUCACUCUACCGCUCGGCCACCGCCGGAGCUCUCGCUCUCUUUGCCGCCGUCGCUUCCGUCAGCGCUGCCACGGCUUGCAACAACUCACCCAGCCUCUGCAGCCGCAACUACAACAAUAUCACACACAUGGGCGCCCACGGCAGCUCGUUCCUUCGCGACGGCACCAGCAGCGUCGCAGCCGCUGGUAACCAGUUCAACAACGCCACCGUUGCCCUCAACGCCGGCAUCCGACUUCUCCAGGCCCAGGUCCACGUGUCCAGCAAUGUGCUUCGCCUGUGCCAUACUUCGUGCGAGUUGCUCGACGCCGGCACCCUCGAGGACUGGCUGGUUAAGAUCUAUGAUUGGAUGAACCAGAACCCCAACGAGGUCGUCACUCUCUUGCUCGUCAACUCAGAUGAUGCCACAGCCUCUGAAUUCGGCUCCGUCUUCAACAGCUCCGGCAUUUCCGAUCUGGCCUACACGCCUUCUAGUACGCAGAGCCCGACUAGCGACUGGCCCACCUUGACGUCCAUGAUUAGCAGUGGUGGGCGCCUUGUUAACUUCAUCACCAACAUCGACGCCAGCACCGACUACGCCUUCCUGCUGCCCGAGUUCGACUACGUCUUCGAGACUGCCUUCGAGGUCGCCACGCUCGACGGCUUCAACUGCACACUCGAUCGCCCCUCCAGCGCCGAUUCCGCGGCUUCCGCCCUCUCCAGCGGCUUCCUCAGCUUGGCCAACCACUUCAAGUACCAGAGCCUCAGCACUACGCUCUCGCUCUAUAUCCCCGACGUGUCCAAUAUCGAAAUUGUCAACAGCGCCAACACCACCGAGGCCGGUAACUUGGGUCUGCAUCUGCAGGAUUGCAAGAGCGAGUGGGGUCUCAUCCCGAACUUUGUCCUCGUUGACUUGUUUGAGGAAGGCAACGUCUUCACGGCCCUCGACCGCAUGAACAAUAUUUCCGAUGCCACCGGUCGUGAGAAGGUCGCAAGCAGCGCCGACGACCAGUCCAAUGCCAGCCGCGGCGACAAGGGCAUGGGCCCUGUUGCUCUGAUCGCGUUCGUCGCAGCGGUCAUCAUGCUGGUGUAAGGACCCGUCUAUUUCAUUACCACACCACCUACACAUACAUAUACCCAUACACCAACCUAUGGACGGGUUGGGCAUUUAAGCACCUGAGUUUAUUGAUUGAGCAUAAAGCGAGGCGUUUUGGGAGCGGAUUUGCAUUGGGAAGGGCUUUGCCCGAAAAUUGAUUUUCUUGCUGGUUGGUUUUCUUGGUUGCGGCAUCUUUUGGAAUAGAUUUAUAUCAUCUGGAGAUUGAAGCCGUGUUUCCCGUAGAUGGAAAUCGGCGACCGAACACAAUUAGAUAGACUCAUGAAUGACAAGGCACAAAAAAAAAAA